GUGGUGGAGGCCGAAAUUGAGCCCGAUCGCAUGGGAGAGUUCUUGGCUAUGAUCCAAGCCAACGCAGAGGGUUCACGCAAGGAACCAGAAUGCUUGAGAUUCGACGUGAUUCGCUCGCAAGAUGCGCAAAACAAGUUUUUCUUUUACGAAAUCUACAAAAAUCCUGACUCCAUUAAUCAUCACAAAGCGCAGUCGCACUACAAG